ACAUAAACAGAGCAUUAAUUGAACUUGACACAGUUCCACGCCGGCACUAAUUUUCGACAGAUAAAUUUGGAAUAUUCAGGUGAAUGCUGUCAUGUGGUUAAGAUUUAUUGCAAGAAAUAUCUAUCAAUACAGGCAUCAGUCAAACAGUAUUGCGCCUACUGCGAAGCGGAAAUUGAAAUCGAGGCAUAUUAUCCUGGGAACAACCGCUUCUUUACUAGCCGGGUCGGUGACUUUCGACGGAGUAUGUAACGAUUUCGAGAAUGUACAAAGCGCUCAGCGGUUCGUACGAUCGCUGGCAAUUGGUGUCAGUAUUUCGGCAGAUUAUACGUGGAGUCUUUGGGGUUUGACGGAAACUGAUCCAGACUAUGGGCCAACGAUUUCCAAGGUACACCAAAGGUCGGCGGAAAAAAUAUUACAAGGUUGCCUCGCCAACGGUGGAUUGUACAUAAAAAUGGGUCAAGGUGUCGCUACUGUCAAUCAUAUAAUUCCGAAGGAGUAUGUACAAACGCUAAGAAAACUGGAGGACAAAUGCCUAACAAGAAAGGCAGAGGAGGUUCGAACACUGUUCCUGGAUGAUUUUGGAAAAACACCAGAAGAAAUGUUCCAAAGUUUCGUGUACGAACCAAUUGCGGCGGCCAGUUUGGCGCAGGUUUUUGAGGGUACUACCAAAGAUGGGCAAAAAGUUGCCAUCAAAGUGCAAUACGCUGAUUUGCAAAAACGAUUCGACGGUGAUUUGAGAACAAUUCUAUUCCUGCAAGAUCUUGUAGCGCUUGUUCACAAGAACUACAAUUUCGGGUGGAUCCUUAGAGAUCUCCAGAGUACCCUUCGUGAAGAGCUUGAUUUUGUACAUGAAGGACAAAACGCCGAAGAGUGCGCCAGAGAUUUGAGGAAACACAGCCGCAUUUAUGUGCCGAAGGUACUGUGGGAGUAUACAAAUAAGCGUGUGUUGACGACAGAAUUCAUCGAUGGAUGUAAAAUAAGUGACCGGGAAAGCCUGCGCCACCUUAAAAUAAACCUCGCCAAGCUGGAUGUCGCUCUGUUUCGGGCAUUCGCAGAGCAAAUUUUUCGAACUGGAUUUGUCCACGCAGAUCCGCACCCAGGUAACAUCUUCGUUCGCCGACAUCCAGCCAGCGGCGAACCACAGUUGGUUCUCCUAGAUCACGGAUUAUACGGCAGAUUGAACGGUGAGAUUUGUCACAAUUUGUGUCGCUUCUGGGAAGCGAUUGUUCUCAAGGACCAACAAGCCAUGAAGAAAUACUCACAGGCCUUGGCAGUGAGUGAUUACCAAACAUUUGCGGAAAUAUUACUGCAGAGGCCACUAGAACUGAAGGGAGCACGCCUUACCACUGGACUUACAGAUGAGGAUUUGGCCUACAUGACUAAACAGGCUAAGGAACACUUCGAUAAAGUCAUGGAAACGCUUCGGAGUAUGCCAAGGCAUAUCGUUCUUGUUAUAAGAAAUUUGAACACUAUUCGGUCGAUUGCCAUGGAUCACGGAGACCUCGUGGAUCGUCCUAAGGUAAUGGCCCGCUGCGCAAUUGCCGCACUGAGACGAACAGAUAGAAGCAGCAUUAGGAACUUUUUCUAUUCGACGUUUCGACGCAUUAAUUUCGAGUAUCAGUUAUGGAAAUCAUCAAUGCAAUACUGGUUCAUCACAAGUUAUUUGAAGCUAUUAACCAGUCUGGGGCGGGCUCCAGUCACAACACACUUAUUGAAUGCUCCCGUUGAUGUGUAAACUAUCUUAGUAGCUCCGUGACCAUAGAAAUAAUAAUAAUUCAAAAAGAGAAAGGAUGAAUAUUUGAACAUCAGUAUACUAGAGUUAAUUAGGUUUAAAAUAAAUCAUUUGGGCUUAAUUUCACAAUUA